AUGGAAACCCCGGAAGGAGAACCACCUGUGGAGAAGAAGUUAAAGGAAGAUGUAUCGGUCGAAGUAAUUCCAAGCGCCCCAGGUUUUACUCCUCCAACUCCGAAUAGUAAAAAUCAAUUGAAGAAACAAAAGAAGCUGGAGCAACAAUUACUGCUACGCAAGGAAAGACGUCGACAAGAAAAAGAACGCCGAAAACAAAAACGUAGAGAAGCUGCCGAGAAGGGUUUGCCCAUACGAAAUGGACCAUCGAGAAAAGAUCUGAAGCGGCGUCUGCAGAAAAUUGGCGAACAAGAAAAUCCCCUACGUAUAGCCAUCGACUUGGAUUGUGACGAUAUGAUGAAUGAACGAGACAUGGCCAAGUGUGUCAAACAAUGCCUGCGAAUCUAUACAAUUAAUCGUCGAUCUGAAUGUCCUGUGCAAUUACAUUUUACCGGUAUUAAAACUGAUGGUAAUAUCCAUAGAGUAUUGAAGAAAAAUGAUGGUUGGGAAAAUUGGCAUUUAAAAUAUCAUUUCGAUGAGACACAUUUAGAGGCGUUCGAUAAUAAGGAAUUAAUUUAUUUAACCAGUGAAUCGGAUACGGUACUAGAGAGUUUGGAUGCAAAAAAUGUUUAUGUCAUUGGUGGUUUGGUGGAUCACAAUCAUCAUAAAAAUUAUUGUCAUGAUCGUGCAACAAAGGCUGGAUUGAGAACGGCAAGACUUCCACUGGGGGAAUAUGUUGAUAUGAAAACCCGAGCGGUUUUAACAACUUUUCAUGUUUUUGAAAUAUUGAUACGUGUGGCAGAGGGAAAAAGUUGGUCGGAAGCUAUUUUACAAACAAUACCACCCAGAAAAGGUGCCAAACCUAAGCAAAUUGGUGGAAAUGAAUCAGAUAACAAAGACGAUAAAGUUGAUAGCGUUGAUGACAGUCAGGAUACAAUAUGUGGUAACGAAGACAGUAAGCAAUCUAAUAAAGUUGAGUCGGAAAACGGCGAUGCAGACAUUGAGAAAAAAGUGGAUAAUUCAGUGGAAAACAGUGAAAAAGGCGAUGACAUUGCAAAAGAGACACCUGUACUAACAAAUGUUGACGAAUCCGAAAGAUAA